AUGCCCAAGCGCAACUACGAUGGGGGACAAGCAGGACAAGCCGUGCAAGAGAUGCAAGGUGAACCCCGCCACCAUCCUUGUAAGACUCGAUUCUCUCUGCGAAAGGUCGUCAAGCGCCUGAGCCAACCACUGAAGGAACUCCGCGCCUCAACAGGUCGGCCACCAAGAUACCUACUUGGCCUCUCAUUCGGCUCCUCCUCCGCGGGCCUCCUACAGGUCUUGGACGCCAACCUACGGUGGCUCAAAGAUGCGAAUCCACGCAAUGUCUAUGAACUCCACGUCGUCCACAUCGACACCAACCUGGCACCAUCCACGCCCGCCUCACAACUAGCUUCAGCCAACCUGCUGCAGAAAUACUGUGACCGGUUCCCAGAUAUAUGCAUCGACUCCGUUCCCAUCAGCGCUGUUCUCGAUGCCCAAACCAUAGACUGGACAGCUCUGCCUGGGUUAAAAGCUGAUGUGGAGCCCACCGCCGCUUUGCGCCACCUACUCGAGAGCCUCCCAUCUGUCACCUCCCGCGUCGACGUCCUCCGCCUCUUCCUUCGUCAUCUCCUUUUCCACAUUGCUGCACAAAGGGGAUGCACAGCGCUCAUGAUGGGCUACAACACCACAGCCCUCGCCGAGCUGACCCUGUCUGAGACCGCCAAGGGGCGUGGAUACGCCAUUCCCUGGCUUGUCUCUGACGGCAGCUUCCCUCUGACCAGUUUUGCGGCGCUGACGGGCAAGACUGAGAUGGAGACGGAGACGGGCAGCCGUAAUGUAGCGGGGCGGCAGUGGGAAUUUCCGGUAUACUACCCCUUGCGUGACAUCCUGAGGAAGGAGAUUGUCGCCUACAACAGCAUGGCCGAUGUGGCCAUGGCCGGGUUGACGGCGGAUGACCCCGGCGUCGGCGUUGCCAGCGGCAGCGUUGUCUCGCAUAAGGAGCUGAGCAUCGAGGACGUCAUGGCGCGGCACUUUGCCGAGGUCGAGGACAAGUACCCUAAUGUCAUCGCCAAUGUCGUGCGCACGACAGGCAAGCUCGAGAAGCCUGCCGGCAGGGACGCCUGUGGCAUGUGUGGCAUGACGAGGGAUGAGUUGGGAGAGGCGCGCUGGAAAGGUGAGAUAGGCCUGACGGUGGAUGACGCUGCGGCGCUGGGGACCACGAACCAGUUGUGCUACGGCUGCGAAAGGUCCCUUCGCGGUUGA